AAUAUUGAAUAAAAGUGAAUAACUCAUGUGAAUAGAGAUCAAACCUUUAAAAAAUUGAAAAUAGGGGAUCAAAAUUACAUUUAAGCCAAUCCAUUAAACUAUUUUAUUAGAUAAAAAUUUAUUUUUUAUAUAAAUUUACACGUAAUCAAAACUUUUGUUUCAAGAAUCUUCCACGUAAUUGUAGGAUAUUGCUACUUUUUUCUGGAUCCUUACAAAAGAGACGUUCCUUAAAAUCUGAAGAAGAAAAACAUCACCAUAGUUGUUUGUUCUGGAUCAAAGGUUGUUAAAUCAGAGCAUGUCAGAAAACGAAGAACACACAGAAUACACAGCAGACACCGAACCCUCUGCAGCGGCCAGAAAACGUUUGAGGGAUAGGUCAAAGGAGGUAUUGUCCAAACAAGCCGUUAAGAUCGCAAAACGUGCUGAAGAACAUGAAACUUUCUUCAACAAGGUUAUUCAUUUAUUGAAUGUUCUUGGCUUUGGUGGAUUUUGUUUCCUCUUAGGGGCAAGACCUCAAGAUGUUCCUUUAGUCUAUUGUUUGUUCUAUGUUGUGUUUGUUCCUCUUCGUUGGAUAUAUUAUAGGUUCAAGAAAUGGCAUUACUAUCUCCUGGACUUUUGCUACUAUGCCAAUACAAUCUUCUUGGUUUAUCUUCUUUUUUAUCCAAAGAAUGAAAAGCUUUUUCUGGUUUGCUUUUCAUUUGCCGAGGGGCCAUUAGCGUGGGCUUUGAUUGUUUGGCGUUGCAGUUUGGUGUUCAAUUCUGUUGACAAAAUCAUUAGUGUUCUCAUCCAUCUUUUACCUGGAUUGGUUUUCUUUACCAUUCGAUGGUGGAAUCCUGAAACCUUAGUAGCCAUGCGACCAGAGGGAGCUGCCGCAAGAGUUACAUGGCCUUAUAUUGAAGAUAAAUCCUAUUUAUGUACAUGGUUGUUUUUGGUCCCCUUAAUAGUUUACACCCUGUGGCAGAUUCUAUACUUCCUCAUUGUCAAUGUCUUGCGUCGACAGCGGUUCUUAAGAGAUCCUGAAGUCAUGACUUCCUACAAGGAACUUUCUAAAAAAGCUCAGAAAGCGAACAACAUGUGGUGGCGCUUAAGUGGCUUGCUUGGAGAUAAUAACCGCUUGUUAAUGUUCAUUCUACUUCAAGGAAUGUUUACGGUGGCAACAAUGGCACUGACUGUUCCGAUAUUCUUGUCCUAUAAAUUGUCGGUGGUUUUCCAAAUACUGAAGGUUUCUGCAUCAGUGUGGAAUGGAGCAAGCUUUCUGUUAGAGGUAAUGCCUAGGCAGGUAAUUCUGAAGGAGAAAAAGAAAUCAGAGAUGCAAACUGUUCCAUCCAAUUCAAAUUGAUGAAUCAUAGAUUUUGAUGAAGUUAAAAAUGAUAGUAUUACUUACUAGUUGAGGUUGUAGUGUUACUAUGGUUUUGAAAAUGCCACACCAAUGUACAUUCUCAGGUUUUCUUCAUGUAACCCAAGUUCUUUUAUUUAUUUAUUUUUGAGCAAUGUGUUGAAAAGUUUGAUAA